CCCGGAAGUACUUUUUUUUAGUGUCGCUGACAGAGAAGGAGAUCUCUAGCGACUGGUUCGUGACAGUGAAAACAGAAAGAAAGCAAUUGUUGAGAUGAAUAGUGAAAACUUUUCCAUAAGUGAGAAGAUUGUGUCGCCAUCAUACAUUCGCCAGGGGUCACAGGCACGUCGCAGUCAUGAGCAACUGAUUAGACUGCUUUUGGAACAGGGCAAAUGUCCUGAGGAGGGAUGGAGCGAGAGCACAAUAGAACUUUUCCUGAAUGAACUGGCUGUGAUGGACAGCAACAACUUCUUGGGAAAUUGUGGCGUUGGUGAGAGAGAGGGCAGAGUGGCCUCUAGUCUGGUGGCCCGACGACAUUACAGGUUAAUCCAUGGGAUAGGACGAUCUGGGGACAUUGCUGCAAUUCAACCCAAGGCUACAGGUUCCAGUCUGCUGAACAAGCUGACUAAUUCAGUUGUGCUGGACAUUUUAAAACUUUCAGGUGUGCGAAGUGUGACCAGUUGUUUCGUAGUUCCAAUGGCAACAGGGAUGAGCCUGACACUGUGCUUCCUAACACUUCGCCACAAGAGACCAAAGGGGCGCUACAUCAUCUGGCCCCGCAUUGACCAGAAGUCCUGUUUCAAAGCCAUGAUCACUGCAGGGUUUGAACCAGUGGUGGUUGAGAACAUUUUGGAGGGUGAUGAGCUGAGAACAGAUAUGGAAGCUGUGGAACGUAAGGUGCAAGAGCUGGGAGCAGAGAACAUCCUUUGCAUCCACUCCACUACUUCUUGCUUUGCCCCACGUGUUCCCGACAGAUUGGAGGAGCUAGCCACUAUGUCUGCCAAAUAUGAUAUCCCCCAUGUUGUCAACAAUGCUUAUGGAGUGCAGUCAUCCAAGUGUAUGCACCUUAUUCAGCAGGGAGCUCGUGUUGGAAGAAUCGAUGCCUUUGUACAAAGCCUGGACAAAAACUUCAUGGUUCCAGUAGGUGGUGCCAUAAUUGCAGGUUUCAAUGAGUCUUUCAUUCAGGAGAUCAGCAGAAUGUAUCCAGGUCGGGCAUCAGCCUCACCCUCCCUAGAUGUGCUCAUCACCCUGCUCACCCUGGGAGCCAGCGGCUACAGGAAACUCCUGGCAGAGCAGAAGGAGAUGUACACCUACCUGGCACAGGAGCUGAAAAGGCUUGCUGCGGCUCAUGGGGAGAGACUGCUGCACACCCCACACAACCCCAUAUCACUGGCCAUGUCUCUGGAUGGCCUCCAGACACAGAGCGGCAAAUCUGUGACUCAACUGGGCUCCAUGCUGUUCACCAGGCAGGUGUCUGGGGCCAGGGUGGUUGCCCUUGGUAACAAACAGAUGGUGAGCGGUCACAUGUUCUCUGGCUUCAUGUCCCACUCAGAGGCGUACCCACACCCCUAUCUCAAUGCCGCCUCGGCUGUUGGCAUCACACGGGAUGACGUGACACUCUGCAUCAAAAGACUGGACAAGUGCCUGAAGAGCCUCAGGAAGGAAAGCAGUGCAAGAAGUGGUUCACCAAUACCUCUCACAGGCCAGGAGGACCAUGCUGGAGAGUGAAUAAAAAUAUGUAGGGAAAAAGUGCUCAUGUACUUUUUCAGAUAGUAACAUUUUAUGCCUAGUGAAAAUCUUCAAACCCCUUGCUUUCACAUUUGUCAUAUUUUGCUGCCUGAAAUGUGAAUCUUAAAAAGGAUUACAAUUACAGAAAUCUUCUCAAAUUAUUUUUAAAAAACAAAGAUGUAUUAAUUGUGGCGGGGUGGCAGGGUAGCCUAGUGGUUAGAGCGUUGGACUAGUAACCGUAAGGUUGCAAGUUCAAACCCCCGAGCUGACAAGGUACAAAUAUGUCGUUCUGCCCCUGAACAGGCAGUUAACCCACUGUUCCUAGGCCGUCAUUGAAAAUAAGAAUUUGGUCUUAACUGACUUGCCUGGUUAAAUAAAAUAAAAAUAUUUAAAAAAUAUAAUAAUGAAAAAUUGCAUAGGUCUUCACACCUCUUGCUGUGGCAUAUCUAAGUAAGUUCAGGAGCAAAUAAAUGUGACACUUGUGGUGUAUGAUAUAUGAGCUUACACCUGAAAUAAAGAUUGUUGGUCCAUGGAAGUAUAGGUCUUAUAAAAUGUCACCAUCAUUAACACAUGACAAUACUGCAUUCCAGCGGCACUGUGGAAAACAAGUUCUGUGUGACUAAUGCUAUUUGCUUGUACAGAUUUACACUGAUAAGUUAUCCAAUGUCUGUAUGAAUUGGUUGCAUUCAUUGAAGACUCCACUGAUCAUAAUGACAUUGAGGCAAUGGUGUGGUCUAUAUAAAGUACCUUGUGAAAGUA